CGCGCAAAGAACACGCGCGCGCGCCUGCCUGAGAGAGUGUGUGGAACCCUCGGCUUCUCUUUCUCUCCGUGCAGGAGCAAAGGGCGGCUCCUGCGGGACCAAGGGAGUAGAAGAACAAAGAAUGAAGGGCAAACUCUUCAAAAGCUUCUGAGAGUUCGUCAUUCUCCAGCGAUACGUCUGCUCUGCAGGUUGCACAAUGAUUUGGAAAUGACAGUGCCACAUACUCCUUUUGCUUCUGGCUAUGCCGUGCUAGCGCUGGAAUAAGUGGGCUUCAAGCCAACAGACGAAACUCAAAUCCUGACUGUUGGCCAAAUACAAACCAUGUUGAAAUGAGAUGAGGCUCCGAAAUGGGACUGUGGCCACUGCAUUAAUUUUCAUCACAUCUUUCCUCAGUUUGUCUUGGUACACAGCAUGGCAGAAUGGGAAAGAAAAGCUGAUUGCUUAUCAAAGGGAAUUUCAUGCUUUGAAAGAACGUCUUCGCGUAGCUGAGCACCGAACCCUGCAGCGGUCUUCUGAAUUAAAUGCCAUCUUGGAGCAGUUCAGACGGGCAGUCGCAGAAACAAAUGGAAGUAAGGAUGCACUGAGCAGUGUUUCAGACGAAACGUUAAAACUGCUAAAGGAGUUAACAAGCAGGAAAGCUCUUCAAGUGCCAAAUAUAUAUUACCACUUGCCUCAUUUAUUGAAAAAUGAAGGCAGCCUUCGACCUUCAGUGCAGGUGGGCCUUGGAAGAACCGGAGUUUCUAUAGUAAUGGGAAUUCCGACAGUAAAGAGAAAAGUAAAAUCUUACCUUACAGAAACUCUUCACUCACUGAUUGACAAGCUGUCUCCAGAAGAGAAACUAGACUGUGUUAUGGUUGUCUUCAUAGGAGAGACAGAUCUUGAUUAUGUAAAUGGCGUUGUAGCAAGCCUAGAAAAGGAGUUUUCUAAAGAAAUCAGUUCUGGCUUGGUGGAAGUAAUAGCUCCACCUGCAUCCUACUAUCCUGACUUGACAAACCUAAAGGACGAUUUGGAGGACUUCAAAAGAAAGAUCAGAUGGCGGACAAAGCAGAAUCUGGAUUAUUGUUUCCUUAUGAUGUAUGCACAGAAAAAGGGUGUUUACUACAUUCAGCUUGAGGAUGACAUUGUUGUCAAGCAGAAUUACUUCAGCACAAUAAAAAAUUUUGCGCUUCAGUUGUCAUCCGAAGAUUGGAUGAUUCUUGAAUUUUCUCAGCUGGGAUUCAUUGGUAAAAUGUUUCAGUCUCCAGAUAUUACACUCAUUGUAGAGUUCAUAUUUAUGUUUUAUAAAGAGAAACCUAUUGACUGGCUCUUGGAUCACAUUCUUUGGGUGAAAGUUUGCAACCCCGAGAAAGAUGCAAAACAUUGCGAUAGACAAAAAUCAAAUCUCAGAAUACGCUUCAGGCCUUCACUUUUCCAGCAUGUGGGUCUGCACUCCUCCCUAGCAGGAAAGAUACAGAAACUUACAGAUAAAGACUUCCUGAAACCAUUAUUGCAUAAAAUUCAUGUCAAUCCACCUGCAGAGGUUUCUACAACUUUGAAGGUUUAUCAGGGUCAUGCUCUUGAAAAAGCCUACAUGGGUGAAGAUUUCUUUUGGGCUGUUACACCAGUUGCUGGAGAUUAUAUCCUCUUUAAAUUUGACAAGCCUGUCAAUGUGGAAAGAUUCCUGUUCCAUAGCGGCAACCCAGAACACCCAGGAGAUAUAUUCGUCAACACAACAGUGGAAGUGUUGCCUUUUAAGAGUGAAGAGUUGGUAUUAAGCAAAGAAACCAAAGAGAAACGAUUGGAUGAUGGGUAUUUCAGAAUAGGCAAAUUUGAAAAUGGAAUGGCAGAGGGAACAGUUGAUCCCAGUCUAAAUCCAAUUGCAGCUGUCCGGCUUCUAGUAAUACAGAACUCAUCUGUCUGGGCAAUUCUAAAUGAGAUUCAUAUUAAAAAGCUUCCAAACUGAUCAAUCAAGAGGAACAAAAGAGAUCUCCAUCUUUUGAAGACUUUUCUACAAAAUCCACCCCCCAAUUGCAGAGUGAAGUCACUGAGCAUGCACCUUAUUUCCAACUCUGACUUCUCAGUGAAACUACCUCUUGUGAAAUCUACUGUAGUUGAGAAGAUAAGACUCAGCAAGAAAGAUUUAUUACAAUCUAGAAACUGACCGGUAUUAUUUAUCUGGAUCCAUGAGUUCCUUCAUGACUCUGCUGCCUAAGGAUCACAGUAUCCUUGAUCCAAGUGAUAGGGAUACGCUACAUGGAAGUUGUACAUAUUUUUACAUUCCUCGGAGAUGAAAAAAAUAUAAAUACAUUUUAUGAAGGGGGUACUUUUUGGAGGUCCAUUUAUUUUGCUAAUUCAAGCCCUCUUUUAUAGAUUAUCAGGGAUAUAUAUUCAAAAGCAUUAGGGGGAUUUAAUUUAUUAAAAUGAUUUGAAAAGUACAUAUUUUUAUGCAGGUAAUAUAACUCGAUGCAGUUGGUUUUUUUUUUAAACGGAUGAUCUUACUUCUUGGGUUAACACUACAUUUUGCUUUGGUGAUGAAGUGACCAUAUUUUGUAAUAUACUGCCAUGGUUAGGAGUGUUAAAUGGGAGUUUAAAGAUGAAGCACUUUUGUACCAUACUAAGAACGCAACUUUAAAAAGUUAUCCUGCACAGAAGUAAAUGUGAUUUUGCAUAGGACAACUUCCCCUAUGGCUUAUGCCCAAAAUCUAGGAGAUGUUGUUCAAAGGCAUACUGUAACAUGCAAGGACUUUGAAUAGCAUUACUUUCUAAUGCUCACAGUCCACAAUAUGUAAUCGUAGAAAGCAUGUUGAGGAGUUUUGUACUUCAGUAUGGUGUGUGAAUCUGAAGUUUGAUUCAUCCUCUCCCAUUAAAGGGAAAUUUUGAUAAUGGAUUAUUCCUUUUUAAACCUUUGUACAAUCUUCCGAAACACAGCCAAUUUAUUCAUUUGGAUAGAAAAGCGCUCUGAUGUUUCCGCAUUUACCUUUUUGUUUUUGCUUCACAUCCCGUUUUGUAUGAUCUCUGCGCAUUCUUAUGGAAUGACUUAAACUUACCAUUUUAUUAGGGAUAACAGUGGAAAUAGGUAGAUACACAGUAACCUCAGCUGAGCUUUUUUAAAAAUGUGAUUUGUCUGUCUUUACUUUCAAGUGUGAAAAGUGAUUUUUUCCCCCUUUAAGAGGGCCCAGCUCCUGCUAAAAGCAUUGCACUCCAGCUGACUGAAGCAAGGGACUUCGUGUGAUUCUAGAUGCUUGUUGUCUUUUGUACUUCAAGGAAAAGAAGAAGAGAUCCUUGCUUGGUCAGUAGCCUUGAAGAGAGGCAAUUCUAGCACUUUGUGCUCUGCAGCACAGUAAAUACGCAAUAGUAUGUAAUAAUAGUUUUUAAAGAACUCCCUUAACCCUAGCCAAGAUAUGAGAAGCUAAGUUGUUGUUGUUUUUUUACCUCAACUGCACGCCUGUCACUCAUGCAGGUAAACAGAAGUUUACUUAAGUGGUGGUAGUUUGUUUCAUGAGCUGAAUCUUAAGAUAAUUCUGCAUCUUGGAUGCCAGCUUUGCCAAAAAAGAACUGUCUGCCUUCUCUCAAGGGUGAAAAUGAUUUGUAAAAUUUAUGCGAAUAGGUGUCUGCGAAAAGGUGUCUGCCCACCUUCCCCCUCAUGAGAUUUUUUUCUAAAAAGUGUCAUAAUAAUAUACAUUUUAAAAUCAACUUACAAAUUGUUCAAGAUGUUUCCACAAUAGAAGUCCCCCUCCAAAAAUAUUUUUUUCUUGGUUGAAUCUGUCCUAUAUUUAUAGACUAGGUUUGAUGAGACUCUUUCCUUCUCCAUUUGGCUGGGAAGAUAAGUAUGCGCUUAAGAUUUUAUCUUGUUUUACUACUUUGUGUGUUGCCCAAAGAAUGACUGUUAUUGGGCAUCUAAUAAAAAUAGUUAAAAAAUAAAAAAGAGAGCUUGUGUAGCAUAGUGGCCGAGAGCCUAUCUUCAAACAUUACCUUCCAUGAGAUCACUGGCUGGCCUUAGGUAAGCCACAAUUUCUGUCUUAGCUCCACAUCUGAAAUACAGGCAUAAUGAGACUGCAGGGUGGUUCUAAAGAUUUAUGAGGCAGUUCAAGGCACUUAAAAAAAAGUGCUACAUAAAUGCUAAGUAUUUACAAUUGUCAUUGGGAAAGGUCGAAUGCUGUCUGUGGUGCCAAACUUGCAUUGAAACCAGUGUUCGCACAACAAUUACAGGAGCAAGUAUUUAUGCAUUUUGAACCAGUGCUUGAUGAUUUGGUAACCCCACUGGCCUACUCGAAGGUAGGGGGCGUGUAGGAGAAAUUCCAAGUCCGUGGGACAAAUUUCAAAGCCAACUUUGUAUGUGUUUUGCAUGGGGGAUAAUAUGCAGACCUGUAUCUCCAAUUUGAUUUGCUCUGAACAAGCUUUGUAACAGCCCUGGUCUUCCACUUAGCAUAGCAAAGCAUGGGGGCUACAGCUCCUCGUUAAAGGUUGGCAGUAUUGCUCCCAAGCUUGUACGCCUACAAGGUUUGUAAAAAUGUGUCAAGAGUUGGGUAUGAAUUAAGCGGUUGUUUGAUCUUUUGCUACAGAGUCCAUCAAUCAACACCCCCCUUCUAAGUUUAUUCCGUUUGUGGCAACUACCCUUCUAAUGCCCCUGAUUUUUGUCAGCCAAAUGAUCAUAUUAUUGCCUAGAAACCAAAGUGUUGUUUUCCUCCUUUUACCUAGCAGUCCAACUGGGCUUACCCGCCCGCUCCCCAGCAAAUGCAACCUAAUCUUCCACAGUAUAUUGAACAUGUUGAUUCUGGGGUGGGUGGGAGAGAGAACACAAAUCAGCCAAAAGCAGGGGGCGUAAUACAGAGAUCGUGUGGCAAAACCACCACCAAAAGUCUCCCCUUACUCAUUGGAAAUAAGAAAAAAAAAACCCUGUCCUGCAAAUGUAAGUUAACUUAAUCCAAAACUUCUUUAUAUCUCUGGCCAUUCUACAAAGAUGACAAGCCUUUCAAAUUAAGUCACAUUCCCUGAAGAUCAGAUUUGUGCGUCACUUGUAUUAUGGUGUAGCUAUUUGCUAAGGUUUUAAUAUACUAUUGUGAAUGUUUAUAAGCCUUAAAAAUAGCUGAUUAGGAUGACAGCCAGCAGGUUUGAUUUCUUGCUUUUAUUAGACUUUGCUAGGAAUGAUUACAAUUUUGGUAAGUGAAUGAUGUCAGUAGUAAUUAGUUUACCAAAGGAGAAAUGAUGCCCCAACUCCUUAUUCCCAGUCCGCUGUGUGGUUGCCAAUUUCUGUUUCUGUGCUCGUGGAACCUGCAACUUUGGCCCUACAGCCAGCCAUGUUUCCAUUAACCAUUGACAGUACUUGCAGUACAAUUUAUUUUUUUGAGCUAGGUUUUGGUUUUGUUAAUCUUGCUGCUAUAUUUGAAAACCUAACUGGGUCAUGUUAACCGUGCCUUUCAUCAAUGUUCUAUGUGCCACAGCUGCCCAUGUAAUAUUUGAAAUAAAUAUUUUGAAAAAGCGUUA